AUGGAAAUUAGUGGAACCAGGUCCUUCACCUUAAGUUUAGCCUUUCUUCUUCUUUGCUUUUGCAGUGAAACUUGUAACGCUGACAACAGUAGUGCCAAGUCCUGCACUUCAUCCUGCGGCCAUAUCCACAACAUAAGCCAUCCUUUUCGACUUAACGAUGAUCCAAAGUACUGUGGCAACAUAUCGUAUACUCUGUCCUGUGAGAGCAACAUUACAGUACUAGACCUACCUUCUUUCGGAAAGUACCAUGUCCAGGCAAUCAACUAUAAUAACAAAACAAUCCGACUUCGAGAUCCUGGGCUUGACAACAACAAUUGCUCUUCCAUGUCUCAAAAUAUUCCGCCCACCACCGAGGACAUCAAUUCUCUAUAUUGGCCCGCCUAUGACAUUAAUUCUCUAUCUAUAUAUUACUUGAAGUGUUCGAAUCCAUCGAAUUCUUCUCUGUACGUGGACACUGCUCCAUGCUUGAAUAAUACUUCUUCUUCUUCUUCUUCUUCGAGUCAACCAAAAACGAAUAGCUAUGUCAUGGUCGGGGAAUAUGUUGGGGACAGGUUCAGGGAGGUAUGGGAAUUGGAUGAUGGUUGCAGUGUAGAGUGGAUGAGUUUGGCUGCCGGCUACGUUGAGGACUACCGCAACUUCUCUUAUAAAGACAUACACAAUGCCCUCAUGUAUGGCUUUGAGCUUCAUUUCGAGCCUUUUAAAGAUAGAUGCCAAGGACAGUGGACUGCGGCUCAUGUGGAUACAUGUUUUCCUCACACCAUUUCAGGUGCGUCAAUUCUCGACUAA